GUUGUGAUCUUUUAGAAGUUGCGUUAACAAAAUGUUUGUUAAAAUAGGUUUCUUUCAUUUUCGAAGAAAUAGUGGCAUGUAUUUGCUAUUUCAGUUGAUUUCUGUAGCAUCGGUUCUGGAUUUGGUGCAGUCUCCAGUCUGUGAGGAGGAAAUCACAUUUAUAAGAGAUGACUUAUUUUCCAAUUUAAGUUUAAAGGAGGCUGGUGUGGAAAAUCAAGCCAAGUGCGCUGUCAUAUGUGAUAGACUGUCUGAUUGUAAAUUAUUCUUUUUCCACAAGAAUUCUGGCAAGUGCCAGACUAAUUCUGUGAUUUACCUUUCAACAGCUGGAUCAGUAGACGCUGAAGGAUUUGUAUACUUUAGGAAAGAAAUGGAGUGUCCUGUCCCGCCGUCAGUGCCACAUUCUCAUCCUCAGUUUGACGUGAACUCUCCUCCUACUGCCACAGGGACGGCUCUGAAGUAUACGUGCGAUGUUGGGUACACGCCGCAGGGGAGUGUCAGGUGUCAAGUUGAUGGCACGUGGUCUCAGCUGUCCUACUUCAAAGCUGGUCUUUAAGGUGUAUGGUUUUAAGUCCUGGGGUGAGUGGAUCCGCAACGCUGAUGGAACAAGAAUCGACUUAUUUUGUGGAGGAUGGCCCGGCUGAUGUAAAUCAAAGACUCGGAUGACGUUAGAACUCGGACCAACUGCACCACCGAGUGACAGUGCCAUCAGUCCGACGUGUUCCUUGACACACGGAGAUUCAGAGCGGUGUCUGACCUGGUGAUUUUUGAAGCCGUCAGCCAUCUUGAUAGUCCAAUGGUCACGGACAUACAGCUGACAACCACGCACCAAAUGUAUCCGAAUGUUAUCUGUGUUGUAUCACUUUGUCGCCUUCUUUUAUCCGACCAUUGUAUGCGCAAUAUCGUUAUCAAGUUCACCCUUGGCUUCAUGGAAACCUGCGCACUUUAUUCUACCAGCUACAUAUUUGUUGUAUCUGACCUGUUAUCCAUGACAUACAUUAUUGAACUACGACUGUGAAGUCAUUAAUAAUAAUAAUAAUAAUAAUAAUAAUAAUAUUAAUAAUAAUAAUGAUAAUAAUAAUAAUAAUUUAAAAAAAAACAUCAAGAGGGCGGGACGUAGCGCAGUGGUAAAGCGUUCG